AUGGAAGAUAAAAGAGAAAAAAAAUACCAAGCAGAAGCCACCAGAAAAGUAGUAAUCAACUGUCUUUAUAGUCAUUUUAAAAAUACUCCCAAAAAAUUGAAAGUGGUCUGCGAUUGGGACGAAGUAAUUCAACCGCUUGAACCGAAAGUUCAUUCCAUUUAUACUGAUAAAGAUAUGGUGAACAGUUGCUUGCCAGUGAAAACCGCGAAAGGCACUAGUUAUGGUUUGGGCGCAAGAAGCAUUAAAGGCAAGGUUGAUAAAAUAAAAAACGAACCUGAUUUUUAUGAACGUUCUCCGUUUCUUACUUUGGCCAAAGAGUUGUUAAAAUUAGUGAAAGAAAAUAAAGUGGAAGUAAUUUUCCUCUCUGCUUACGAUAAAAGGGCUUUUCCAAAUGGAGACCCGCGAAAAAAGAAAAUAUUUAUUGAGACUUUUGGUAAAUUUCCAAGUUGUUCGUUAAACUUGCUGGGAUUUGAUAGCGAGGGUCAAGGACAGACCAAGGAUGAAUGA